AGCGUGUCAGCAGGCAUGAAGGAAAAGGUAGUCGCUUUACGACACUGCCGGAAAGUACAAACAAACAUGGCGGCCUCCGUUGUGACAGCGAGUGGUGCUACACUACUCGGUCGUUUGCUUGGACAAAUACAUUCGAGGUUCCUCACACAGUUCUCCCACACAUCCUGUCUUCACACCAGCGCAGCACUAAACACCAAGAACUGGGAGAGAAAAAACCGCAUGUUAUAUCCACCUCAGGAGAAGGAUGAGCCCCGCAGACCGUCGGAGAUCCAUCAUUGCAGACGUCAGAUUAAGUACAGCAAAGACAAGAUGUGGUACCUGGCGAAGUUGAUCAAAGGCAUGAGCAUUGACCAGGCGUUGGCUCAGCUCGAGUUUAAUGAUAAGAAAGGAGCCAAAAUCAUAAAGGAGGUCCUUCUGGAAGCUCAGGAAAUGGCCGUGAGGAACCACAACGUUGAAUAUAAAUCUAAUUUGUAUGUUGCUGACUCUUUCACGGGUAAAGGCCAGUACCUCAAACGCAUCCGCUACCACGGCCGAGGUAUGUUCGGCAUCAUGGACAAAGUCUACUGCCAUUACUUUGUGAAGCUGGUGGAAGGCUCACCUCCUGUGGUGGAGCAGACUACACCUUUCGAUCAGGCCAAGGAGUACGUACAAGAGCUGAAGAACCGGACCAUCGUCUACUCUCUCUAACUGAAACCUGCUGAAAAACUUUCUGUAAAUAGAACCAGUAUUAAAUCAUGGAAAAUG